AUGGCUGCCUCCAGCGUGGCUGUGCUAUCGCUGUCCCUAACGUUGCCGCCGCUGCUGCUGCUGCUACUGCUAAUCGCGUGGAAGCGCUGGCGGCGGGGGCACUCGGCCGGGCACGCCAUCGUCGUGGUACUGGGCGACGUGGGCCGCAGCCCCCGAAUGCAGUACCACGCUCAGUCAUUGGCCAAGUGUGGCUUCUCCGUGACCCUCCUGGGGUUCUGCAACUCCAAACCCCACGAUGAGCUCUUGCAGAGUGACAGGAUUCGGAUUGUGCCUUUGACAGAACUUCAGAGACUUGCAGUUGGGCCACACAUUCUUCAGUAUGGAGUCAAAGUUGUAUUUCAGGCGGUGCACUUGCUGUGGAAGUUGAUGUGCUGUGAGCCAGCAGCCUACAUCUUUCUCCAGAACCCCCCCGGCCUGCCUGCCAUUGCUGUCUGCUGGUUUGUGGCCUGCCUCUGUGGGCCCAAGCUCGUCAUCGACUGGCACAACUAUGGCUACUCCAUUAUGGGUCUGGUUCAUGGCCCCAGACACUGGGUCGUUCUGCUGGCCAAGUGGUACGAGAAGCUUUUCGGCCGCCUCUCCCACCUGAACCUGUGUGUGACCAGUGAGAUGCGGGAAGACCUGGCAGAGAACUGGGGCAUCAAAGCUGUGACUGUCUACGACAAGCCAGCAUCUUUCUUUAAAGAGACGCCCUUGGACCUGCAACACCGUCUCUUUAUGAAGCUGGGCCGCACCUACUCUGCACUCAGGGCCAGCUCAGAUCCCUUGGACCCAGCCACGGAGAGGUCGGCCUUCACGGAGCGGGAUGCUAACAGCGGGAUGGUGACACGCCUUCGUGGGCGGCCGGCCCUGUUGGUCAGCAGCACGAGCUGGACAGAGGAUGAAGACUUCUCCAUCCUGCUGGCAGCGUUAGAAAAGUUUGAACAGCUGAUCCUGAAUGGGGAAAGCUUGCCUUCUUUGGUCUGUGUGAUAACAGGCAAAGGGCCUCUGAAGGAGCAUUACAGCCACCUCAUUGGCCAGAAGCAUCUCCAGCACAUCCAGGUCUGCACCCCAUGGCUGGAGGCCGAAGAUUACCCCCUGCUUCUAGGGUCUGCGGACCUGGGCGUCUGCCUGCACAAGUCCUCCAGCGGCCUGGACCUGCCCAUGAAGGUGGUGGACAUGUUUGGAUGCUGCCUGCCUGUGUGUGCCGUGAACUUCCGGUGCUUACAUGAGCUUGUGAAACAUGAGGAAAAUGGCCUGGUCUUUGAUGACGCAGAGGAACUGGCUUCUCAGCUGCAGAUGCUUUUCUCAAAGUUUCCUGAUCCUGCUGGCAAACUGAACCAGUUCCGGAAGAAUCUUCGGGAGUCCAAGCAGCUUCGUUGGGACGAAAGCUGGAAACAGACAGUUCUCCCUUUGCUUGUGGACACAUGA